UGGUGCAAUACUUUUGUGAGGGGAGUGUAUACUCUUAAAUUAGUACUAAGCAACACAAGGCGUAACAAUGACUCUAAGAGCGAAUAGGUGUAUUUCAAAACAUAAAGCUUGAAAAUCGCAUUUGAUUUGCUUUCCAAAAAGACUCAAAUAAACAAAAAGUUUAAUUCUUGGUGAGACUUGAGCCUUGUAUUAUUCUUAAAUUAUUUUUAAAUUUCAGCGAUUUUGAGGCUUACUUAAUAUUCUUAUAGAUUUAGGGUCUGUUAACAUGGGGGCGAGUUUCCCGGCUAGCUGAGUUGCCCGGCAAGGGGGGUUAAUUAACUGCCAGUGUUUCCAUGAAGCGGGAAACUCGGCCAGGCGGGAUGAAAUUUCUGCAAAAAAUGAAGUACAUAAUGCAAUGUAUGCUUUCGGUGCCAUGCAAGGGCAGAAAAGGAAAUUUUCGCAUCAGGAUGGUUUCAACAAAAAGUUCCAAGAAUUUGAAAAUGAUUUCGAUGAUAAACCUAUGUUUUCGCCUGCUGUUAUUUCAUCUGCAAGGAAAUUGUACUCUUUUUGGCUUACGGAAAAACAAGGGAUGAUAAUUGGUUAAAAAGCUUUUUGCUGAAAAAACAGGAUCAUCAGGAGACUCAAGAUAUAAAAAACACUAGAUUGUUAGUGAAAAGACGCUGCACAUGGUACCACACGUGCGUAUGUCAGAUUACUUUAUCCCGUUUAGGCGGGAAACUCGGCAAUUUGCGUUUACAUGAGUUGGCUUGGAAACUCCGCCUCUGUCUGCGGGGAUCCCGGCUGGCCGAGUUUCCUGGCUGUACAUGUAAGCGCUGAAGUGAGAAACUGUUGAUUUCCUAAUACAUGCCGGGAAACUCGGCUAGCCGGGAAACUUAGUUAGCCGAGAAACUCGCCUUGAACCCCUGUGUAAACCGUACGAGCGAGAAUUUGAAAUGGGAUGCUGAGUGACUGAGAGUGGAGCAAAGAUGUGGCACAGCUCUGUUCUACUCUGUUUACACGCAAUAUUGCGUAUAUCAUUGGUCAACACUGCUGAGAAUGAGCAAUUCAUCGAUGCUUGCAUUGAUGAGGUUUACUGUAAAGGGGAAAUACUGAAAGUAGUUCAAAUGUCCAAAGCGUUUGGAGACGCGAAGACAUUUGUUGACAUGCCCAUGCGGGACGAUCGCAGCAAAAUUGUAACUCCUUUGAAGGAUGCAGUUAGCGGGCAAAAAAGUGCAGCUGAUAUUAAAAAGGCGGUCAAAAAAUACUUUUAUGAGGCUGGGACAGAACUGACUAGCAUUCAGCCAUCAGACUGGUCUGAAAAUCCUCCAUUCCUACUGAAAAUCAAUGACCCAAGCUUACGAGGCUGGGCUAAAGACAUCCACAAUAGAUGGAAGCUUUUGAAUCGAAAAAUGAAGAAGGAGGUGAAGACGAAUCCUGAGAGGUAUUCUUUGAUUUAUUCAGAGAAUCCGUUUGUCGUUCCAGGAGGGAGAUUCAGGGAGUUUUACUAUUGGGACACUUAUUGGGUAAUAAAUGGCCUACUUUUAAGUGACAUGGCCGAGACAGUCAAGGGUAUGCUCCAAAAUUUUAUAACUUUAGUGAAGGACCGAGGAUUUGUACCAAAUGGAGGACGCAAAUAUUAUUUGAACCGAAGUCAACCACCGUUUUUAUCACUGAUGGUUUAUGAAUAUUGGAAGAAGACAAAUGACACCAAUUUUUUGACGGAAUCCUUACCAUAUUUAGAGAAAGAGUAUCAGUUCUGGAUGACAAAUCGUACGAUAACGCUUGACAAAACGGAUGGAUUCAAAAAUGCACAUUCUGUGAACAGAUUUUCUACGCCAAUGGGGUACCCCCGACCGGAAUCGUACUGGAACGACGUGGAAACGAUGGAGAAAGCCGGAAUUCAUAACGGAACUGAAAGAAAACAGCUGUACGCCCAUAUAGCGUCCGCAGCUGAGAGCGGUUGGGACUUCUCUUCGCGGUGGUUUUCAUAUUCAGGAAAACAUGCAAUGGAAAUGAUGUCGAUAAAAACACGGGACAUCAUCCCGGUUGAUUUGAAUUCCAUCUUGUGUAAAGUUGAAAAAUCCAUUAGUGACAUGCAUGCAGCGAAUGGGAACAGCGCGAAAGCGAAGCAGUUCGCUACAGCUUACCAGGGUCGAGUAACAACAAUGAAUGAAGUAUUUUGGGAUGAAAGUAAAAAGCAAUGGCUAGAUUUUGAUAUUAAACUAAAGAAAAAGCGCAGUGCAUUUUAUGUUUCGAACAUUUCUCCCAUCUGGGCUGAUUGCUAUGGCAACAACGCUUCUCGUGCAAAAGAGGCCAUUAGAUCAAUCAAAAGACAGGGUGUUCUUGAUUACCCCGGUGGUGUGCCGACAACAUUGAAUGAGACAGGUGAGCAAUGGGAUUUUCCGAAUGCCUGGCCUCCCCUGCAGGAUAUGAUGGAAAAUGCGCUUAGAAAAGCAGGCAAUAUAACUGGAAAUGACCUUGCCUUUGACCUGGCAAGGAAGUGGAUUGAAACGAACUACCUUAGCUGGAAACAGACAGGUCACAUGUACGAGAAGUAUGAUGCGAAUAUACGGGGAAAGCCCGGCCACGGAGGGGAAUAUGGAGUGCAAGUUGGUUUUGGGUGGACGAACGGCGUCGUGCUUCAGUUUCUAGAUCGUUAUGGACAACGAUUAAAGGCACCAAAGUACAAACCACCAGAUAGCAGUGCACCAUACCCCAGGGUAGCUAUCGAAGCUUUGCUAACACUGCUCAUUUUAACGCUGAUGCUGACAAAUUUUCAUUAGAUUCUAACAAUCAACUGCUGGCAAAAUUAUUACCUUUUGAUUUCUACUUGAUUAUCAAAUUGAAGGUUUUUGGUUCACCGCCAUUCACCAAUCACAAUAAGUUUGGGAACUUAAUCGACAUUACACUGUUUAUUGUCAAAUUGAAUGUAUUUAUACAAUUAAUGAACAUAGCUUCUGAGA